AUAGUAUACGAUUAACGAGCAACGGCGAAAGUAGCAAGAGUAGAGCAAAAAGAAAGACAGAAGAGAAAAAAAAAGCAAAACACACCACACACAGCAUACAGUACAAACCAAAGCACACAGAAUAAGACAUCAAGCAAGGAAAAAUUCACAUCACAUAUCAGUGUGUCGCCGAUCGGUGUACUGAACGAACCGAUUCUUUUCUACUCGUCAUAUUUAUUAGAAAUCAUUUUCGAUAAAGUAAUUCUUUCUAUUGAAUACACUUUUUUUUUGCUAAGUUUUCAUUUCGUUUGUGUUCCUUGUGUGUACAUUUGUUAUUUUCGCCACAAUUCUAAUUAAUUUCAUUGAUGAUAUUCACUGGAUCGAAUUUAAAUUGGCUGUAAACGGAAGCAACGAUUCAGAAUUGUUGCAAAAAUUUAUCAAGGAAUUUCUUACAAUUUUUGCGCCGAUUUCGAAUUUGGCCAAAGGACAUCAUCCACCCGAGUGCAACCAAAACAACCGCAGAACAGAAAAACAAAAAAACCAACGAUUUCCGUGCUAGUGAACUGGAUAAAAACAAUUUAAAAGCGACAAAACAAAAAACUUAAUCAGAAAAUUACCCGAACAAAAAAAAAAUAAAUUCUCCGAAGAGAGCGAAAGAGAGUAACACGAACGUAACCGUUUAUCGUCGUGCUUUGAAUAUUCAAGUCAGUCGCAUUCUAAAUUUAUUUGGUUUUCUGAAUUGAUUGAAAUAAUAAAAGAAAAAAAGAAGCAACAACUUACUACGAGAAGAGAGACAGUGUGAACUGAUUUAGAACAAUUUCGGUCGAUUGAGAGUGUGCAUAUGCGUUGUAUAUAUGAGGGAAGAAAAAAAAAUGAAGUGAACAUCGAGAAAUAAAUACUGAAGAGCGCAACAAUUUAUUAGAAUUCGUCCGCCGAUCUCGUGAAUUUAGAGAGCAACAAGAAUACAUUUCACCUCGAAUAUAAAUUCAAAUUUAUAGUGUAGAUUGGGUGAAGAGAGAACUCAUAUCAAGGAAAUAGCAAGCGAGCGAGAAAGAAAGAAAGAAAGGGAGAAAAAAAAAACAGACAAGGAAAAUAUCACGAAAUAUUAUCGUAUAGACUGGCGAGCAUAUUGUAUAUCAUUGCACAAUAUGUAUCACGGGAUACUGCAAAAGAAAUAGAAUUAAACGUCACCAAGAUAUAAUUUAGAAUUCUAAACAGCAACAACAGCGACGGCAGCGGUAGCAGCAGCAGCAACAUAGCAUCCGUGUGUCGAGCAACAACAAAAAUCGGCUAAAUUAAAUCUCGGUUAUAUUUUUUUGUUUCAUUCACUUUGCGUCAGUCAUCUCUCUCUCCUCUAAAUUCGAAAAUCGGACGUGCGAACGGACGAUGCAAGUCGGCCGCAACAAGAAUUUUAUUCACACCGAACACAUUUCACUGAUUCGUUUUAUUUCGUGAAGUGGAUUUAACGAACGAUUAAGAAGAUAAUAUAAAAAAAGAAAGCGAAAAGCAAACACAGACUUUUAAUCAGAACAUUUGCGAUUAAGAAUCUUCUUUUUUCUCAAAGUAGAAAAAAAAAACCACGACGGUUCAGUGUUGAAAUUGAAUUUAUUUAUUUUUUCGAUUCGUGAUUUUUUAUUUUUGUUGAUCAGUGCAUCAAUUUACAUCAUUCGGAUAACCACGACUCGAGGAGGAUUUACAAAUGAUUAAAAAAAUGCCGCAACCGAAUUGCCUAUACACAACCCGAUACUGCUGGGAAGCAGAGAAGGUCAAAACACUGAUACGAUUACGUGCAGAACUUUCUCCUUUGUUUACUGGGAAACGAAAUGCCUCCAAAUAUGCAUGGGCUGUGGUUGAACGUGAGCUUAACGUACCGUUACCGCUAUCGAAAAUCAUCAAAAAAUGGAAUAAUCUGCUGCAAGAAUACAAGGCGAUUAAAUUAUCGGAAGAACCAAAACGUCGCGAAUGGCCGUUCUUCAAUUUGAUGGACAUACACUUUUGUGAUCAAGUGAACGAUCCAACGCUUCGUUUAUUUUCGUCGACAAAAACGUUGGGCGCCGAUUCAUUGGACGAGAGCAUCACAUUGAAAUUUGAAGAUGACCCCGUUAUGGCGGCCGCCAUUUCAGCCGCAACCGGUCACAAUUUUAUGGACAUUUCCGAUAUUGUGCGCGAAGAUAGAGAAUCGGACAAGGCUAGCGAACGCGAUUACGAAGAUAUGCAUCCAGAAGUUCAAAUGAAUAACAGCAAUUAUAAUAAUGGUGGCGAACGUCGCACCUCACCGCCACAUCAAACACAUGCUAUCAACAAAUCGAUGAACAGCUCCAACAGCGUAUCAACCGGCAAUGGUAUACGUGUCAGCACACCGAUUGGAUUGCAACAACAAAUGGAUUAUGAUGAUCAUGAUGAUGUUAAACCACCAAUGGCACACACACCCGUCUACAUGCCACAGCAUCAUAAUAUCGAUCAAUAUCUUCUAUCCUGGAACAAUUUCCACGGAAACAUGUGCAAAGGAUUCCAUAAUUUGCAAAAAGAUGAGAAAAUGGUCGAUGUCACCAUUGCAGCUGGUGGCAAAAUUUUCAAAGCUCACAAAUUGGUUUUAUCAGUGUGCAGUCCAUAUUUCCAGAAGAUUUUCUUGGAUCAUCCGUCAUCGCAUCCGAUUUUGUUCAUGACCGAUGUGAACAGCAACCAUAUGGCCGGCCUAUUGGAUUUCAUGUACAGUGGCCAAGUGAAUGUUAAAUAUGAAGAUCUGCCGAAAUUCUUGAAAGUUGCCGAAAUUAUGCAAAUCAAAGGAUUACACACAGAGAGCACAAACGAAGCCGACGACAGCAAAUAUGGUCGAAAUACGAUUAAAGAGCCCGUAAAUUAUAACAACAAACAACAGAGUGUAAACAAUAAUAACAACAGCUCCAGUAACAAUUUGAAUAUACCAAGCCCGAAUCAGAAUCGUUCCACAUUCCGCGAGCAUAUUCGAGCCAAAAAUCCAUACCAGGAUUUGAUCAACAACAACAAUAAUAACAACAACACAAGUACUAACAACAAUUUAACGAACAACAAUUCGAGCUUAAACAACAACAACAACAACAACAACAACAAUAACAAUAACAACUCGAACAGUACCAAUCAGAAUUUGUCGCCGAAGUACGCCAUCCAGCAGACAAAUAGCAGCAGCAAAAUUUUGGACAAUCAAAAGUAUCACAAAUACUUUUCAAAGCGAAAAAUGAUGGCUCAGUACGAAUUGGAAAUGCGUAAUGAGAAAAAGAAUAAAUUGUCGUUGCCAACACCACCAGCGGCUCAUCAACCACAAGACGAACCGGUUGCCCUGUAUAAUAAGAGCCAUCUGCCACCACCACAAACCGAACCAGAAGAGCUAACGGUUAACGAAACAAACAACAACUCAAGUACCACGGCCAACAAUAACACCAUCAACAGCAGCACAAACAACAACAACAACAACAGCAGCAGUAACAAUAAUAACAGCAUCAGUUCGUCCGAUGUGCAAAACAUCAAAGUUGAACCGGAUUUGAUGCAACGCGGCAGCAGCGGUGUUAUUGCAACGGUGGCAACGGCAACGGUCAACGAUGACGAUGACGAGGAUUCAUCAAAUUCGGAGUACUUUUUGGCCGAUUUACGUAAACGGAAACAUUCCACAUCGGGAAUCGAACAGACAUUGGCUCUAACCACAAAGAAAGAGGCUAGCCAAGCAUGCAGUUGAAUUCGAUCGCCACAUAACGAUUGGCCCAUUUCACAAAUUCUAAAUGAACAACAAUUGACAAUAAUCAAAAGCAAUCUGAUUUUUUAAAUAGAUUCGGUAAGAUAAGGGUUUAUUUAUAAUGUACUAGCUGAACGUUCUGGCUGCUUCCGAACAAUCUGAAUGCAACACGGAAAAUUGAAAUUAAGUUAAGACACGAUUCUUUUCUUCUUUUUUUUAAAAUAUUAGGUUAAUGAUAAAUUUUCUUCUUUUUUCCCAUGAACUUUUUUUGUUUUAUUACUCGUUGAAUAUAUCUCAGCCUUUCCAAGGAAAUGAACAAGAGUUUUUGACCUUUAGAUGUAAUUAGUUUAUUCAAAAAUUUUCCCCAAUUUUCUGUUAAUUUUUUUUUUUUUUUUGAAUAUUUUCUUCUUCUUUCUGGUGUGGUACCGAACAUUGUAAAAUGAAAUCUAGGGCAUAAGAAACAUAUUGUAAGUGUUUUUUCCCGUACGAAAGCAACCAUCGAUUUAUAAGAUAACAUUUUUGAGGGGCUCAAAUACAGAAUCAUGGAUUCGUAUUUCGUGAGCUUAUAGAUUAGGUUUAGGCUAUUUAAAUGAAAAAAAAAAGAACAACGAGAAACAUUUCCAUUCCAUUUAUUGGAAUCAACUCGAUCAAAUCUUCCUCUUUUAAAUAAUAUCGUUUUUUUUUUAUAAUGAUAGAAAGUUUAUCGAUUUCCCGAUCUAUACAUAUUUACAUAAAUAUAUUGACGACACUCUCAACAACAUUUAACACAUAUUUCUUCCGAUUAAAGCAUAAGUCUUCACUCAUUUGCAAUCACUGUAUCGACGACCGAUCAGAUUUGCAACCUAAGUGUACUUAAUUAUAUUUUAAGGUAGAAAAAUGUGCCCAACAAAAAGACACAACAAAAAUUUAAUCGUUAUUUUUAUGUGAAGAAAAGACACCAUCCAAUUAAUUCCUCACUCCAAAUUUGAAAACCGUUUAUUUUUCUCUCGUAGACCUUUAAGGAAUCGUAGCCUUAACACGCAUUUCAUUCUUUCAAAUUUCUUUUAACAUUAUCUCUACAAAUUCUAUUUGCUAUCGCUUUUUUCUUUCUUUUUAUUAAAAAUUCUUCGCACCUUUUUUAACCAUUAAGCAAACUUCUAAAUCCAAUUCAAUUGUAAAUCAAUAAUAGCGAGAAUUGUAUUUAAGAAACAAUGAUGAUGAGUUUUUUUUUUAAAGAAUAAAAUUUAAAUUAUUUUUGUUA